AUCAGACACAGAUUUGAGAUUCCUGCCUGUGGUGCACUUUUUAAGAGAAAAAAAGUAUACAGGAGGCUACUUUUUAAAUGAUGCUUGUGUUGGGUUGGGGAUAAGAAUUCUCUCCCCAGGAAAGUAAAGUAGCCUUGUCCAUACUGCAAAACAUUCUCACUUUCCUCAUUGAAAUAAAAAAAAACCCCUCCUCUUCUCCAUCUCUACCUCCUGAUAUGGGGAAGAUCUGGAUCGAAGUCUCCAUAAUUUCUGCUCGCGGGCUCCGCCGUACUUCUUCAUUUUGGAAGCUUCAAUGGUAUGCUGUUGGUUGGAUUGAUCCUAAUAACAAAUAUUGCACAAAGAUUGAUGCUUCUGGAAAUGCAAAUCCUGUGUGGAAAACCAAGUUUGCUACAUUGGUUGAUGAUUCUAACUCGCAGGACAUGGCACUGAAUGUUGAAGUUUACAGUAGAGAGCCUAUUUUUCUCAGAGAAAAGCUUCUGGGGACUGCAACUGUUUCCUUGAAAGAGUUUCUCUCUAAGUACAACCAGAGUUCUGAGUCCUCCAAGCCUGGAAAUGAAGAGGUAGGGAGCUAUCAACUUCGCCGGAGAAAUUCUGGCAAACCUCAAGGAUUUGUUGAUGUUUCAAUCUACAUUUCAGAGGAAAGGGAAGAAUCAAGUUCAUAUCCAGGUCCAGGAAAUCAAGGAGGAUUUGUGCUCAUGGAUAACAGGAAUAAUACUGCUUUAUCUAUUGAGGGGAGAUCAGGGCAAGCCUACAAAACAGAGAAGCCUCUAUCACAAUCAAAUUAUCCAUAUACUCAUCCAAUGCCAUACCCAUCAAAUUAUUUGAGACCACCUGUAGCUGGACCAAGCUACCCGUCGGCCGGCGGACCGAGCUAUCAGCCACCUCGAAUUCCUCCACCACCACCUGCAAACAUUGGUUACAUACCUACUUUCCUCCCUGGAACAGAUCAUUCUAGUGAGAGUUAUGUGAAUAUGCCAUCAUCUGUAGCAGCGCCCGGAAGAGGAGGCCCAAGACCUGGUUUUGCAAUGGGGGCAGCUGCUGGAGCACUCGCAGCCGGUGCAGUCAUCUUAGGUGAUGACUUCAUGUCAGGAUUUCAGGUUCCUGCAGGCUUUCAAGAUCCUAGUCUAACUAUAACAACUGAUCCUCCAUUCUGGUAACAUAGUUACAAUUUCCUGUAAUCAUGCUUUACUGCUAUAAUCAAACUAGUACAUGUUUCUUCUCCUUUUAGCACUGAAAUGAGCUGUUUCACAACUUUAUUAUUGAAAGAAUUUAACUUCUUGCAAGAA